AUGACACAAUCGAAAUCAGCAAAGCGAAAGAGAAAGGCACAGGCCCAAUUACCCAAGAAACAUGUCAAAACCACGACCAUCGUGACACCGCCCCCCGAUAGUGAUGCCACGCAGUUUGAACCAAAAAACUUGCAGACGGUCAUUUCGGACGAAGAGCUCGACAUCACCAUUGAGACGUUGACAACCCUAGCGCAAUAUCCAGGCCUUACAAAGUCGAAGCUGUGCAAAAAUCUACGAACCGCCGUCUACGAUUUCCGGCAGUCAUGUACCACGGGCGUGAACUCGGCCGAGGGCGCAAACCUCACCGGUCGCGUCACAGCAGCGCUUGCCGACGAGAAGUACCUCGAGGCCAAGAUCUUGCUGGCUGAAAUGCGACUGCGAGGCGAAGAACCGAAACUGGGUGCUCUUUGUCGAUGGGUUCGGGAUCUGGAUGUUGUUACGCAGCCCAAGGGCGCGAGCAUCGUCAACCCCAACCGCUCCGACAAAGAGAGGGAGCUUUUGGAAGUUCUGGAUGCUGUUAUGCGCGUCAGCUGCCCGAUUGAUACCAACCCAGAGGCGAAACCCCCUUCCCAAUCGUCCUCCCACAUAGCUUUGCAGCCUACCUGGGACUUGCGCCCAUCCACAGAGCCACACCAAGUCUAUGCCUCGGUCCUGGACAAGUCAAUCCUGUCCUCUGGGCCCGACUCGCCCUCCUCCUCUCUCCGCAUCAUCGAGACGACGCCCGGACACCUCCGCAAACCGCCGAAUCAUCAUCCAGCCAUUUUAUACACGACAGAACCAAACACCGUUGACCUGUCUUCGGAGCACUCAGGAAUAACAUAUCAUGAGCACCCCAGCGUUCCCCACCUUGGCCUUGCCACUGGUGUCCUUUCGCCCGAGGAAUGCAAGGCCAUCAUUGCCACAGGAGAGAGUGUCGGCUUCCUUCCCGACAUACCCGUUCGAGAAGGCGAAGAUACCAGCGUACUGGCGCACAACUUCUACUGGGUCGUAGACGCGGCGUUUCACGAUAAACUCUGGGCACGCAUGGCGCCCUUCGUCCCCGCCUCGCUCAAUGGCCGUCGUUCCCGCGGCGUCAACAGACGGUUCCGCGUCUACCGUUACGUUCCUGGGGCCGAGUACCGAUGCCACAUAGACGGGGCAUGGCCGCCUUCCGGUAUUCGCCCCGACGACACCUAUGUGUACGACGAUUCCCCUGCAGAAAAGAAGCAAAGUUCCCUAUUCACGUUCCUGCUGUAUCUCAAUGAUGAGUUUGAAGGCGGCGAAACAACAUUUUACAUACCGGGACAGCGUGAGGGGACGCUCAAUGCGUAUCCUGUGCGUCCGGUCAUGGGAGGCGUUGCAGUGUUCCCCCAUGGCGAGACCAAAGGAGCAUUAUUGCACGAGGGGACAAGCGUGCGCAAGGGAGCCAAGUAUAUCAUCAGAACGGACAUUGAGUAUGAUGUUGAGCCAUCCGAGGAAUAG